UAGCGUGCGGUAGUGUGUGGUCUGAACAGCGGCAGCAUCUGCUCCCAACAUCGAACGAUCGUGAAGGAGUGUCCGUGCCCGUGAAUCCGGUGGUGUCCAACUCAGUGUCCGCAAAUCGCGUCACGACUGCAGAUACUACCAGACCAGACUGCAGAUACUACCAGAGAGUUUGGUGCAAAGUUGAUCCGGAGACCUCGUGCUACUUAAAGCACUUACGGUUACGUCUACGCGCUGCCUCCAGCGAGAAGAUCCGGUACCCGGGUUGCCCUUGAGUGAACGGAUCAUGGACACGGACACGCACGUGUACGACAACUGCGCCAAUCCGGCCAGCUACACCCCGUACACCUGGUCGCUGGGCGAUAAGCUGCGCAAGACGGCCAAAUCGGAGCUGCGCGAGGACGAGAAUCUGCGCAACCAAAGUUUGGCGCAGAUGCGCGAAUGGAUCGCCAAGAGUCCGCACAUCAAACGGUGCCGCACCGACGCCCUGUUUCUGUUGCGUUUUCUGCGUACGAAAAAGUUCUCCAUUCCGCAGUCCUGCGCCAUGCUGGAGAAGUAUCUGACCGUGCGCCAGACCAAUCCGGCCUGGUUCCAACGGUUGGACAUUGAGGACCCGGAGCUGGAGGCGAUCAUCGAUGGCGGGUACAUUGUGCCGCUGCCGGAGCGUGAUGAGCAUGGGCGGCAGGUGGUACUGUCGGUGGCCGGUAACCUUGAUCUGACGCGCGUUUCAUCGUCCCUGCUGGCCCGGGCCCAUAUCCUCGUCCAGGAAGUGCUGGCCGAUGAUGAGCAGUCGCAGAUUUGUGGCUAUACGCAGUGCAUCGACGAACGGGAGCUAUCGAUGAAGCUGAUGGGCCUGUGGUCCCUGGUGGACAUCCGGAAGGCGGCCGAUUGCAUACAGAACGGGCUGCCGAGCCGUAUCAACGGGUUCCACCUGAUCGGACUGCCCUCGACGGCCGCUACGCUGCUGGAGUUCUGUGUUUCGCUGCUGAGCGAUAAACUGCGCAAGCGGAUCAAUCUCUUCCGGACGGUCGACGACUUUGCCAACAAGAUGAACCGCAAGAUACUGCCGAAGGAGUACGGUGGGGUCGUACCGAUGGCCGACAUGAUCGCACAGUUCAAGGAGCGAUGCCGCGCGAAACGGGCCCAACUGCUGGCGAUGGACGAGAUGCACAUCGAGCUGUCGAAAGCGCCGGGAUACUGUGCGGAAUCGUGUCGCCGCGAUUUGGAGGCUGGCAUGAUCGGCAGCUUCCGCAAGCUCGAAGUCGAUUGAGUCGUCGCGUUUGUGGGUAUUUAAGUUUUGUGUAUUAUACUCCUUUCUUCCCUUUGGAUCAGUGUGUCAGCCUAUCGCGAGUAAGUUUCUAGGUCCAGGCAUACGAACUACUCGGUUACUGUUGUCCUGGAUUGGAUUUCGUCCGAAGAUGAGAAUUAAUUCGAGAGAAAGUUACCUUGGAUUGGCUUAGUGUCCUUAUCAUACUGCAGACUACCAUUACACUAUUUUGGGUUAACCUUUUCCUUUUUCCUUCUGGUACUGUAUUUGAAAUUCUGCUUAGCACCUCUCGCUUGCUACUGCACCGACCACAUAUCAAUUAUCGAAAUGAACUGUGAUUAUACUUUCCGCUCGAUUCCGCGUCUAUCUAGGUGUGUGUAGAGAGAGAGAGAGAGAGAGAGAGAGAGAGAGAAAGAGAGACACAGAGAGAGAGAGAGAGUGGAGAGAGAGAGAGAGAGAGAAAGAGAGAGAGAGAGAGA